UCUUCCAGCAUCAGCUGCGUGCAGUGGCGUACCCAGAGGGUGUGCCAGGUGUGCCAUGGCAUACCCAGAUUUUUAGAAAACAUAUUUUCACCAUGUAAAAAUUAGCAGAUUUUUAAGGCCCAUACAAGCUAAUUGAAAUAAACCUCAAUUUUUUUAAAUUGUGCACACCUUCUGUUUUCUUUCUAGGUCCGCCACUGGCUGCGUGGUAAUAUUUUCUGAGUACAAAGCUCGGCAAAAUGUUCCAGGAUAUUCUUUGCCGAAUUCCAGCACUCAGCAAAAGGUCAGCCACAAAUAUAUGUUUGCUUGCAUAAAGAAAUAACAACAUUCAAAUAUCAACAACACCACAAUCACCAUAUCGUGAAUCUUUAAGAUGGUUUAGGUCUUCGUUAUAAAAUGUCUUCAAGCUGCUAUCUUGACAAUCCACGACAUGAAAGUGGUACAUGGAGCGAACGCCCUCUGACCCCCGCGUCGAUCCGCUCGGGCGACUCGGGGGGAACUUCGCUAGUCGCCGGCGGCCCCCUCUCCUACGCCUCCUCUCCUCCGCCGCUGCCGCUGGCCUUGCCGCGGUGGUGGCGGCCCCUGCCUCCGAAGGUGGCUCCGGGAGAUCCCACGGCGGACGCGUGGUGGCCGGGUGGCCGGGGUCGUCUUGGCAGCGAGCUCUGCCGAGCUCGAAGCCGAGGGACGCGGGGCGCGCGUGGGGAGCAUUGUGGCAUCGAGGUGUCACGAGGCCUGCUCGCUGGCGCCUGGGGGUGGCGCGCGCACGCGUUUCCCUCUGCUGCGGAUCUGGCAGGCGCGCGGGAUCUGGGCCAGCGGGCGACUGUGGGCGUCGGGGGCUUCAGUCCCUUGCGUCGGUGUGGUGGUCGCGCCGACUGCGGCCGCACGGGCGGCAUGGGGCGUGGGGCCAGACCGCUGGCUUGCCACUUCCUCUCUUCCCGGCCAGAUCCAGGUCGGGGGCGGCAAGAUUCGGCGGUCUGGUGGUUCGACUGGCGGGCGCUCGGUCUCUGUCGCCACUCAAGGUGAAAGCCUUAGAUCCAGCUCCUGGAUCGGACAACGGUGGUGUCCUCGACGUCGUCACCACCUUGGUGGCGCUUGUCUUCGGAGACGCUGUUCAAUGCUGCUUGCCUGAGGGUUGUUGUGGUGCUUGGCUGGUUUGAGGUUGGUGGUCGGUGGUGGUGGUGCGGCCAGUCUGGGGUCGACGGUGGUGUGUGUCGUGGUCGAGUGCUCUCUUGUUGCUUCUUUGCUAGGCGGUGCCCUGCAGCUACGCCAGUGGCACACAGUUGUCGUGGCGUCGUCUCGGCCUCGUGCAACCUUUCGAAUGUACCCUCAACACAGGUGGUGUCGUGGCGUUGUGCAGUCUCGGUUGUGUGGAGCCUUUCGAUUGCGUCGACGGUGCAGUGUCGUGGUUUGGUCUUGGCUGGCCGAUGCCGUUCGCCUCCUCCUAUGGUGCCCUGUACCCCAUGUAUGUGUGUUGUGGCGUGUGUGUUUUUGCUUUUCUCUUUUGCUCUGUGCCCCCUUUAAUUCCGGUUCACUUGAACCUAUCCUGCGACAGGCUACAAAGUUUUAUAGGCAAAUGAAUACAAUUCUGAUGGGGAAA